AUGGAUACUUAUGAAAAAGCGGCCUGCGCAGUAAUCUUUCUGUGCCUGGGAGCUUCCAUUUUCAUGUAUAUCCCCAUGACAUCUUGCUAUGUCAUCCUGCAUAGAGCCUCGCCAUGCACCUGCGGACCAGCCUUCAACGUGACACAUAACAGAACGUUUGGGGGUUACUCAGCUUCGGCUUACUGCUAUGUACAAGCUACCUCCCUUGACGUGGAAAAGUGCCAGGUCCGGAAUGGGUCCUUAGUACAUUUGAUGGCACCCACUGUGGGCGCAGGGGCCCACGCUGGAGGCAUGCGGCGCUCACACUUGGAUCACUGGAUGGACAAGGUGGCCAACCCACCCAACGGGUCGCUCGGGUUUCUGAUCGACCCAUCCGAGACCUCGGUGGGCUUUGUGGACAAGCCACCGGCGUGGACGUACAUGCUGACUCGAACCUUAAUCUUCGCACCCGCGCUCGCCAUCUCAGUGUUUGUACUGGUUAUGGCUGUCUUUGGGAUUUUAUGCUACGCUUGGAAGUGUUUUUCUUGUUUUCUAUCCUGUUUCCUGUGUUGUUUCCGUGGUCAUCCAGACGACGAGCGGGAGCCGUUGUUGCCUUACCAUCAUGGCCAGAUUCAAGGCGGCGUGGUGCCCGCGGCGGCGGCUUAA